AAAUCGCACAGCCUGGAUCAUCUGUUUUAGAAGCUGUCUACACUCGGGCAAUGACACUUGAAGUUCUAUUGUGGAUCUUUACCCUGACUGCCUCGCUGAGUCCCUCAGUGAGUCGAGGUCCUGAUCUUGACGGGGUGACAGACUAUGAGGUGGUGCGACCCAUUAAACUCCACGCUCUUUAUAGGAGACACGCAGAGUCAUCAAGGCCAGAAACGUUAAAGUAUGGCAUGCGGGUGGGAGGCAAAGAUAUCGAGAUGCACCUGGAGAAAAAUAGAGACCUGCUCACCAGUGACUACAGUGAGACUCGUUACCUUGAGGACGGCUCUCAAGUUACAUCCACUCCAAAGGACCUGGAUAACUGUUACUACCAUGGCAGGAUUGUCAACGAUAGUGAGUCCCUGGUCAGCAUGAGCACAUGCGAUGGACUCAGGGGCUACUUCAAGACGUCGGCCCAGAGGUAUUUGAUAGAGCCCCUGUCUGGUGACGACGCUGGGGACCACGCCGUGCUCAACUACGAGGACGAGGACCAGAGCUCCACGCCGAUGAUGUGUGGCGUCACCAACACGACCUGGGACAGCAAUGAUGUCCCCAUGACCAGCAAAAGCCGCUCCCAUGCCACAGGAGCGUCACUGUUCCAGCAGCAGAAGUAUGUGGAGCUGUACCUCGCGUUGGAUAACCGUGUGUACGAAAGCAUGAACAGAAGUCUCUCAGACAUACGGCAGAGGAUGUAUGAAAUCGUUAAUAUGGUCAACGCGGUGUACAAGCCUCUGAACACCUUUGUCGCCCUUACCGGGAUGGAGGUGUGGUCUAACGGGGAUCAGAUUUUGAUCACCGCUCCCCCGCGCCCCACCCUGGACGCCUUCACCAAGUGGAGGAACGAAGACCUGGUUGCCAGGAAGAAACACGACAACGCCUAUCUCAUCAGUGGUAUUGAAUUUAAAGGAGUACUUGGCCUGGCCUUCAUUGGGACGGUCUGCGCCCCUAACUCAACGGGGUUGGUGAAGGACCACCGCCGCAAGCCUAUUGCAAUGGCAAACAUCUUGGCCCACGAGAUGGGCCACAACCUGGGGAUAAACCACGACCUCCGUGGCUGUACCUGCACUGGAAAAACCUGUGUAAUGUCUGGAGCACACAGCCCUUACAUACAGCAAUCGUUCAGCGACUGUAGCAGAGGGCACUUUGAAAAAUUUCUGAAUACUAGGAACUCCGACUGCUUGCUGGACAAGCCCAGGUUUGAGGCCCUGGUCACUCCCCCGGUGUGCGGGAACGGCUUCCUGGAGAACGAUGAGCAGUGUGACUGUGGCUCCCUGGAGGAGUGCACCAACCCGUGCUGCAACGCCACCACCUGUACCCUCACCCAGGGCUCCCAGUGUGCAGCGGGAGAGUGCUGUGAGAGCUGUAAGAUCCUCCCCCCAUCCAGGGUGUGUCGUCGGAAGCAGGACGACUGUGACCUGGCGGAGCACUGCAGCGGGACGUCCCAGGACUGCCCCGAGGAUGUCUUCUCCGUCAACGGCGUCCCCUGUGAGGGAGACAGUGGCUACUGCUUAGACGGACAGUGUCCACGGAAGGAGGCCCAGUGCAAGAUGUACGGACCAUUGGCCAAGGUGGCUCGCCAGUACUGCUACGACCAGAACAUCCAGGGUCUGUUCCAUGCUUUCUGUAAACGACCCAGCCCUGACACGUUUAUCGCUUGCCAGCGACAAGACGUCAUGUGUGGGAAACUGUUCUGCGCCAACGGAAACGAUGACCCUAACUACGGCGGCAUGGUGAAGUUCUCUGGUUGCUGGGCAACGUUCUACAGAAACCAUAACAACGACCGUGGCCAGGUAGAUACAGGGAGCAAGUGCGGUGAUGGAAAGGUGUGCAACCAGAACGAGUGUGUGGAUCUCCACACAGCUUACAGAAACGCUAACUGUUCAGCACGCUGCCAAGGCCGUGGAGUGUGUAACCACAAGAAUGAGUGCCAGUGUGAGCCUGGCUGGGUUCCUCCUAACUGUGACCAGAAGGAUGAAGGAAACUUCAACACCCUGUCCAGUGAGGCCAUAACUGCUAUAGCAGUGACCAUCUCCCUGCUGGUCCUGGCCCUUGUGAUCGUGGGCGCCAUCCUCCUUUGGAAGAAACGACAGAGUCCUGGUCUACCCAGGUCAGGGAUCGCUCUACGGCAGGGGCGUGUCUAGAACAUUUUGAACAGGGUGGCCAGGCUGGGGCACAGCCCGGGGCUUGGUUUUUUCUAUCUAACCUUUUUGUUGUAGGUAAUGAAACACUGCAUGUUACAUCUCAAUAA